AUUUCUAUUCAUUAGAAUUAGAUGUUAUCACUGAAUUUUUGAUUGGCUGUGAGUUCUGUCACUUAGUUUACAAACGCAGCGCUGAGGUUCAGUUUCUGUCAUUUUUAACGUCAAUGACGUUUGUCAAUUUGCAGCCUCAUAAUAAAAAUACACUUUAACGUUUAAAAAAAUAAAUUUUUGGUGCUUGCAUUGAAAUGAAAUGUCGUUCCGUGGAAGAGUUCUAGGAUUUGUGGAAGUUAUUUUAAGAGUGCCACCAUUAUUUGUUAUAGAUGAAAUACUAAAAAUUGGACUUUUUGGUAUAACAGAGUUGUCACAACAUGACUUAUCAAAUAUCGAGGAAAAAUAUGCUAAAAUUGAAAAGGAAUUUAGUAAUGUUACAACGAAUAGUGACCCUUAUGAUCCUUUGGUGUACAGGUUUAUUAUAAUGACCGUAAUUAGAUUGGUAAUCAGCACAUUAGGUUGCAUAAUAGCAAUAUGUAUGUUUAUUCUAAGUACGAAACACCUGAUGGUAGUCUACAUGUACCUUAUAUCAGUUGGCCUAGUCAUCAUCUCCUACUGGACGAACGUCAACACCGUUAAUUCAGCUUUAGAUAUUGAAACCUUCGGAAACGGCACUCUCAACAUAAUCAACGUUCUGUCACUUAACCUCGAACAGUUGCUGCAACACAAAGUUUAUUUAUUUAACGUAGUUCAAAAUUAUUUCUUUCAAUUCCUACUAGCAAUCAUUUUUACCAACAUACACUUGGGGCCUCGAAAUCCAUGGCUGCAAAAAAUCCUACCGGUAGCCUUUCUGAUUCCUUCUGUAUUAGUUGUAUUGCCCACGCCUCCAUUCCUAUUAAACCACAUACCUUUCAUAGCGGCCCUAAUACCGUUAGCCCUAGUUAAAUUCGUUUUAUGUACCUCUAUUAUACAAAUAAUUCAAUCAAUUUACACAGGCUACCUGCAAGCUAAAAUUUUCGUUGCUAAUUUUGGAAUGUCUGCUCUGGUGGAAUCUGAAUGGUUGAGGUUAAACGUGCCAGAAGUUUUGAGAACUUUUUGGAUGCUCAGAGUUUUGGAGCACACUGGGAUAUUUUUCUUAUCAGGUUACUGGGAAAUUGAAGAUGAAAACUCCCCUUACUUCAGAUUGAUGAAGUACCUUAUGGUAACAGGUUGUGACACUCUCACCGCAGUACUAGGUAUCACUAGUAUUGUGUCAUACAUAUGUAAUUACAUUGGAAAAUUCUUUCAAUGGAUUCUUCUCACGGACGAUGAGAAUGAUAAAAAUUUUGGAACGGUAUCUGCUAUAGUCUUUUAUAUAUUAGCAUUGCAAACUGGUUUGACUGGUUUAGAACCCGAAAUACGUUUUGUGAGGUUAUGCAGAAACUUUUGUUUGCUAUUUACAGCUCUAUUACAUUUCACUCACAACGUAGUAAAUCCUUUGUUGAUGAGUUUAAGCGCUUCUCAUAACCCUUCCCUGAAGAAGCACCUGCAUGCUCUAUUGGUAUGUGGAGUAUUGGUCAUGUUACCUAUUAUACUGAUGUACUUUUUGUGGAAAACCCAAGAACCGUCUACGUGGUUGUUGGCGGUAACAGCUUUUAGCAUAGAAGUCAUAGUCAAGGUUUUUGUAUCCCUAGCGAUCUACUCUUUAUUCCUACUUGAUGCCAGAAGAGAAACCUUCUGGGAAAAAUUAGAUGACUAUAUUUAUUAUAUAAGAGCCUUCGGAAAUACUGUUGAGUUUUGUUUCGGCAUAUUUUUAUUCUUUAAUGGUGCUUGGAUAUUGAUGUUUGAAAGCGGUAGCGCAAUAAGAGCUGCCAUGAUGUGUAUACAUGCUUAUUUCAAUAUUUGGUGCGAUGCUAAAUCUGGUUGGUCCGUGUUUAUGAAGCGUAGAACCGCUGUAAACAAAAUAGAAUCUCUUCCCGAGGCCAACAAAGAACAGUUAAGGUUAUUAGAUGACGUAUGCGCUAUAUGCUAUCAGGAGAUGCAAAGCGCUAAAAUUACCAAAUGUAGACACUUUUUCCAUGGUGUUUGCUUAAGGAAGUGGUUGUACGUUCAAGAUAGAUGUCCCCUUUGUCACGAAAUUCUUCACGGUAUAGAAACCGACGAGAGAAAAGAAAACAAUCAACAAGAGGCUGCUGCUAUCGUAGCCGACGAUCAUAAUUAUGAUAGGUGAUAGGUUAACAAAUUGUGAUAUAGGUUUAAAAAAAUUUUAUUACAAACGAGCUUGGAGUAAUGAUGACUAAGUGAAUACUAUCAUCUACGAUUUUAUUGGCUGUAAAUGGACUUUGAGAAAAAGAUAUGUAUAAAAAAAGACAAACAAGUAAAUAUACGUGUAAAGAAA